AUGAGCGCAAGGGGCUCUGUUAGACAGGACCAGUAUAUAUGUAAGCCUGGGGGUGAUUGUGAAGCAUGUCCCUCUAAUGCUCUCACAGAUUCUGCAUGCGGGGCUACAGGGAACCGUCGCCCUAUUCAUUGCAUUACCAUGUCACUCUAUGAGUCGUUAGGCCAUGAUAACUUCACAUACAGCUCCCAAGAAGGACAGUUGGCGGCUUGGGAACCGUGCGGUAAAAUAGUAUCGGUCGAAAGUGCUGAUUAUUGGGAGUUUGUACUUUGUAACCUCGCCUUUUCUGUGGUCGGUCUCUUUAUUGUGUUUACCCGGACGAGGCGAACCGCCGCUGUCCAUUACAAAAACUUGGUAGCCCGAAUACGAGGUGGAGUGCGAGUUGGCUGGUCUAAUCGUCCCUAG